AUGGAGUCCCGGUCCAUGCAGGACCCGGUCCUGGUCCUGGACUUUAUAAUGAAGCCGAAAACCGUCCAGGUGAGGGAGUCCCGGGCCGCGCGCUGCGCGCUCCCGACCCGCCCCACCUGGUUCAGGUUACGGAAACGGAGAAAAGUUCCAGUUCCAGUUCCGCGUCUGGCGGAGCAGGAACCAGCACGGACUGACAUGGGGAACCGGGGCUCUAACACGCAGGGGCCCCCGGAACCGGAGCCACCGGGGACCCGGGACCCCCGGGUCCUGGUCCAGGGGCCCCGGAGACCGGGACCCCUGGACCAGGACCCGGGGCCCCGGGACGUCCCGCAGAUCUCCGUCACCGAGGCGUCCCCGCUCCCCGCGGAGGAGCAGGAGGAGGAGGGGGGGGCCUUCACACUCCCGGAGCCCCCGGGGGCCGCAGGGGCCGCAGGGGCCGCGGGGGCCGCAGGGGCCGCGGGGGACGCAGGGGCGGAGCUCCAGGGGGGCCCGGGGGGGCCCCGGGGGGAAGACUCGGACGCCCGCAGUCUGUCCGGCAGCGAAGACGGCAGCACCCCAGGGGGGGGCAGCCCGAGGGAGAGCCGCCGCCGCUUCAUCCAGGUGAUGAUGGACAGCUCCCCCCAGGUGAGACGCAGCGUGGGGCUGGGCCUGUCGUCCAGGUGGGACAGUGACUCCGCCUCCUCCCUGGCCUCGUCCCGGUCCUCGUCCCUGGAGGAGGACCGGCCCGCGGCGCUGGAGGAGGACCGGGCGGCGGCGGCGCUGGAGCCCGUGGAGCACGAGUGGAUGCUGUGCUCGUCGGACGGGGAGUGGUCCCGGCUGCAGCCGCUGCUGGCGCUGGACCCGGGGCUGGCGCUGCGCCGCGACUUCGUGACGGGCUUCACCUGCCUGCACUGGGCGGCCAAGCUGGGCCGGGCCGAGCUGCUGGCGCUGAUCCUGGACUUCUCGCGGCGCCGCGGCGUGGCCGUCAGCGUGGACGUGCGCUCCAGCGCCGGCUACACGCCGCUGCACGUGGCCGCCAUGCACGGCCACGCCGAGGUGGUGAAGCUGCUGGUGGGGGCCUACGGCGCCGACCUGGGGGCCCGCGACUUCAGCGGCCGCCGGGCCUGCCAGUACCUGGGCCGCGGCGCCGCCGCCGACAUCAGGGACAUCAUCGGGGCGGACGACGACCCCCCGGAGACCCCUGGUACCCCGGAGCCGGAGCCCGGGGGCCCCUGGAGGUUCUCCCGGGCCCUGCGGUCCAGCCUGAAGGCUCUCUCGGUGGAGGAGGACGAGGACCGGCCCGGGGCCCGGGGCGGGGUCGUCCUCCGGAGGAGGUCGUCCCUCAGCAGGAUGAAGCCCAGCCUGCAGAGACUCCGCAUGAGGACGUCCCAGCUGGUCCACAGCGUCUCCUUCAGGGACCGGGACGACCUGACGGGGCCCAGGGACGGGUCCGGGGACGGAUCCGGGGACGGAUCUGGGUCCGCCAAGGCCAGACGGAAGACCCACUUCCUCGGCUGAGGUUCCU